CGCUGCUGCAGACAUGGCAUACCCAGGCAGGCAGGGACAGCACUACCAGUACCAGCAGGGCGGCGCGCCGCCGCCGCAGAUGCCCGGCGUGCCCCAGGGCUUUGCGCCGCCGGGCUACGGGCCCCCUCAGGGCUACGGGCCUCCCCCCGGCCAGGGCUACGGCCCACCUCCUGGUCAAGGGGGCUACGGCCAGCAGGCCUACGGCGCACCACAGUCUGGACAGUACCGCGCCAAUGGUCCGCCGCUGCAGUACGGCAACCCCAGCGGGGGACCCGUCGGUCCGCCAGAGUACCAGGGCGGGCCGGUCAACUACCAGCGCCCGACGGGGCCGCAGAUGAUGGGCAACCAGCGCUACGAAUACUCGUCGAUGACGGGCAAGCGAAAGGCGCUGCUCAUUGGCAUCAACUACCACGGGACCCGAGCCGAGCUCCGAGGGUGCAUCAACGACGUGCAGAACGUGCGCCAGUUCCUCCUGCAGCGCGCGGGCUACAAGGCCGAGGACAUGGUCGUGCUCACCGAUGACCAGCGCGACCCGCGCUCGAUUCCCACGCGGCAGAACAUGACGGCCGCCAUGCACUGGCUCGUCUCGGGUGCCCAGCCGGGCGACGCCCUCUUCUUCCACUACAGCGGCCACGGUGGCCAGGCCAAAGCGACGCAGGGCGACGAGGCCGACGGCAUGAACGAGACGAUCCUGCCCCUCGACUACGAGAGGGCCGGCCAGAUGGAGGACGACGAGCUGCACAUGACCAUGGUGCGGCCGCUGCCCAUCGGCUGCCGGCUGACGGCCUUGUUUGACUCCUGCCACUCGGGCACCGCACUGGACCUGCCCUACGUCUACAGCACCUCGGGCCAGAUCAAGGAGCCCAACAUCGCCGCCGGCGUCGGCAAGGGCAUGAUGGGUGCCGCCAUGGACUACGCCCGGGGCGACGUCGGCGGCAUGGUCAAGGGCCUCUUUAGCACCAUCAAGACGGCGACGAGCACCAACUCGGCCGAGGCCGUGACGCGCGAGACGCGGUCGAGCGGCGCCGACGUCAUCAUGCUCAGCGGCUGCAAGGACAGCCAGACGAGUGCCGAUGCCACCGAGGCCGGCCGCGCGACGGGGGCGAUGAGCUGGGCCUUCCUCAAGGUCCUCUCCGAGUUCCCCCAGCUGACGUACAACCAGCUGCUGAAUGCCACGCGCGACGCCCUCGCUGCCAAGUACAGCCAGAAGCCGCAGAUGUCGAGCAGCCACCCGAUCGACAUGAACCUCCUCUUUGUCAUCUGACCCUGUCUCUCUACUCUCUCUGGCUUUGUCUCCGUCUCUAUCUCUGUCGCUAACUUUCCUUAGUCUCUGACUGUCUCUCUGUCUUUGUCUCCGUCUCUGUGUCACAGAAGAAAUGAAGAAGCUAGCCUUUGCCAAAGUG